AACACCCAGCCUCUAAGGCCUCUCCCUUUUUAUCUCUCUCUUCUUCUCUCCCUCUCUUUCUCUCCCUCUCUCUCUUUCUCUCUUUAAAAUGGAAGAAAAGUCCCCACAUGCAUCCGCCAAACGCCUUUGUGCUCACAUAGCAAAGGUAGUCCUUUAUGUGCUAAGGAAAGGCUUCUCCAAGCGGAAGUUCAUGGUCGACCUCCACGACAUGAUGAAGAAGGGCAAGCACGCCGGAAAAGCCAUUGGAAAUCUCAUGUCCAACCACUAUUCCGACCUCAGUUGCCGCUCCGGCGGCGUUAGUGUUGUCCCUUACGCCCCCGGUGAGUACGAGUACAGCUGCAGUAACACCCCUGCCUACACCUUCCCUUUCAGAAACAACAAGCGCAAACCCCAUUACGGCAACCACCAUAGCCGCCGCCGCCACCACCAAAAUGACUACCUUUCUUGUAUAUAUCCUCAGUCUUCCAACGACGAGCACGUGGCUGCCGCCUUCCAGAAAGCACUAGAAAUGCUGACUUCCGGCUUUUCCGGCAGGGAAUCAUGGUCAUCGACGGCCUAUGCCCUAAGUCCCAUGGCCUCCCCAUACCCCUUGAGGGUGACAGACUCCCCAUUCCCCCUUAAAAAUGAAGACGACGACGAUCAUCGUGUCGACAAGGAAGCUGAGGAAUUCAUCGCCAGAUUCCACGAGCAACUGCGUUCGCAAAGACGCACGGCAAUGCUAGAGGCGCGUUACCAAGACAUGCUAAUGUACGGCAGCGGGUGAAUUCCCGGCUGGCCGGCGCCUUCUCCGGCCAAUGGAAAUGGACAUGUUAAUAUCCUUUGUACGAGAUUGUGUUCAUAGCAUGUGGACCUCAUGUGACUCUACUUAGCUUGAGCUUCUGUGACUGGUUUUUCUCCUCUAGUACAGAUUAAACUAGCAAGAUCUUGAGAAGUUUGGGAAAUUUCAAAGUGCUUCAAAGAA